GAGUCGGCUUGCAAAUGGCUUCGUUCCCUGAGACCGACUUCCAGAUCUGCCUGCUGUGCAAGGAGAUGUGCGGCUCGCCGGCGCCGCUCUCCUCCAACUCGUCUGCGUCGUCGUCGUCCUCGCAGACGUCCACGUCGUCGGGGGGCGGCGGCGGGGGUCCGGGGGCCGCGGCGCGCCGCCUCCACGUCCUGCCCUGCCUGCACGCCUUCUGCCGCCCGUGCCUCGAGGCGCACCGGCUGCCGGCGGCUGGCGGCAGCGCGCCGGGAGAGCCCCUCAAGCUGCGCUGCCCAGUGUGCGACCAGAAAGUAGUGUUGGCCGAGGCGGCGGGCAUGGAUGCGCUUCCCUCGUCCGCCUUCCUGCUCAGCAACCUGCUCGACGCCGUGGUGGCCACGGCCGACGAGCCGCCGCCCAAGAACGGGCGUGCCGGAGCCCCGGCGGGGGCGGGCGGCCACAGCAACCACCGCCACCACGCGCACCACGCGCACCCGCGCGCCUCCGCCUCGGCCCCGCCGCCACUCCCGCCGGCGCCGCCGCCGCCCGCGCCUUCCCGCUCUGCGCCCGGCGGCCCGGCGGCCUCUCCGUCCGCGCUGCUGUUGCGCCGGCCUCACGGCUGCAGCUCCUGUGACGAGGGCAACGCGGCCUCGUCGCGCUGCCUGGACUGCCAGGAGCACCUGUGCGACAACUGCGUCCGCGCGCACCAGCGCGUGCGCCUCACUAAGGACCACUACAUCGAGCGCGGCCCGCCAGGUCCCGCCGCCGCGGCCGCCGCGCAGCAGCUCGGGCUCGGGCCGCCUUUCCCCGGCGCGCCCUUCUCCAUCCUGUCGGUGUUUCCCGAGCGCCUCGGCUUCUGCCAGCACCACGACGAUGAGGUGCUGCACCUGUACUGUGACACCUGUUCGGUGCCCAUCUGUCGUGAGUGUACGAUGGGCCGGCAUGGGGGCCACAGCUUCAUCUACCUCCAGGAGGCGCUGCAGGACUCACGGGCACUUACCAUCCAGCUGCUGGCCGAUGCGCAGCAGGGCCGCCAGGCAAUCCAGCUGAGCAUCGAGCAGGCCCAGACGGUGGCAGAGCAGGUAGAGAUGAAGGCAAAGGUGGUACAGUCGGAGGUCAAAGCCGUGACGGCAAGGCACAAGAAGGCCCUGGAGGAGCGGGAGUGUGAGCUGCUGUGGAAGGUAGAGAAGAUCCGCCAGGUGAAAGCCAAGUCCCUGUACCUGCAGGUGGAGAAGCUGCGGCAGAGCCUCAACAAGCUUGAGAGCACCAUCAGUGCUGUCCAGCAGGUCCUGGAGGAGGGCCGGGCGCUGGACGUCCUGCUGGCCCGGGACCGCAUGCUGGCCCAGGUGCAGGAGCUGAAGACCGUGCGCAGCUUCCUGCAGCCCCAGGAAGACGACCGCGUCAUGUUCACACCCCCCGACCAGGCCCUGUACCUCGCCAUCAAGUCCUUCGGCUUCGUCAGCAGCGGGGCCUUUGCACCGCUCACCAAGGCCACGGGUGAUGGCCUCAAGCGGGCCCUCCAGGGUAAGGUGGCCUCCUUCACCGUUAUUGGCUACGACCACGAUGGGGAGCCUCGCCUCUCAGGGGGCGACCUGAUGUCAGCUGUGGUCCUGGGCCCCGAUGGCAAUCUGUUUGGUGCCGAGGUGAGCGACCAGCAGAAUGGGACUUACGUGGUGAGCUACCGGCCGCAGCUGGAGGGUGAGCACCUGGUGUCGGUCACCAUGUGCAACCAGCACAUUGAGAACAGCCCCUUCAAGGUGGUGGUCAAGUCGGGCCGCAGCUACGUGGGCAUCGGGCUCCCGGGCCUGAGCUUCGGCAGCGAGGGCGACAGCGAUGGCAAGCUCUGCCGCCCCUGGGGCGUGAGUGUGGACAAGGAGGGCUACAUCGUUGUGGCCGACCGCAGCAACAACCGCAUCCAGGUGUUCAAGCCGUGUGGCGCCUUCCACCACAAAUUCGGCACCCUGGGCUCCCGACCCGGACAGUUUGACCGGCCAGCCGGUGUGGCCUGCGAUGCCUCCCGCAGGAUCGUGGUGGCCGACAAGGACAAUCAUCGCAUCCAGGUCUUCACGUUCGAGGGCCAGUUCCUGCUCAAGUUUGGUGAGAAGGGAACCAAAAACGGGCAGUUCAACUACCCUUGGGACGUGGCGGUGAACUCUGAGGGCAAGAUCCUGGUCUCUGACACCCGCAACCACCGGAUCCAGCUGUUUGGGCCCGACGGCAUCUUUCUGAAUAAGUACGGCUUCGAGGGGGCUCUCUGGAAGCACUUUGACUCCCCCCGGGGUGUGGCCUUCAACCAUGAGGGCCACUUGGUGGUCACCGACUUCAACAACCAUCGGCUCCUGGUCAUCCACCCCGACUGCCAGUCUGCGCGCUUCCUGGGCUCCGAGGGCACUGGCAAUGGGCAGUUCCUGCGCCCACAGGGUGUGGCCGUGGACCAGGAGGGGCGCAUCAUUGUGGCCGAUUCCAGGAACCACCGGGUGCAGAUGUUCGAGUCCAACGGCAGCUUCCUGUGCAAGUUUGGUGCCCAAGGCAGUGGCUUUGGGCAGAUGGACCGCCCCUCUGGCAUUGCUGUCACCCCCGACGGGAUGAUCGUGGUGGUGGACUUUGGCAACAAUCGGAUCCUCAUCUUCUAAUCCCGUUCUCUAGGCUUCCGUGUUUGGGCUGUGCGUGCGUCUCUCUCUCUCUCUCUCUUCCUUUUGAAUUUCAAAGAAGAAACAGUCUCAGGGAAAUUUCUUUUUUUUCUUUUGUUUAAAGAGAACAAGAAGAGUACAACAUUGCUUAAGUCCUACCUCAUCUUUAUUUUUUUACAGAUGAAUGUACUUAUCUUUUCUGCAGGGAUUGAGCCUGUGACGUGAUAAUUUCUAUCUACCUCAUAAAUCUUUACAUUUCCUUCUCCAGCAGGCCCUCUGCCCUCCUCCCCACCCUCACUCAGUGGAGUUCACGUUCCCCUCUGACCCUUUGUGGGGCGUGAUAUGCACAAGCCUGGCGUCUCUGUGGCUGGGGGGGGGACUGGAUGGGUGGUGGGGUGUAUUCUGUAGAUUGAGCCAAGGAAACAUGAAAGAACUACUAAGUAAAAAAAAAAAAAAAAGAAAAACUAUAAAAUGUGGAAAAAUAAGAUUUAAAAUGCUGAAUUAUAGAGUAUUUGUGUUCUGGAGAAUACUGUGUUUAUGGGAUUAGAUUGUGUUGUGAUCUUGAUCUUUUUAGGAAAUCUUUUUUUUUUUCCCCAAUGCUGCAACAGAGAACUUUUCUGUGUUCUCCUCUAAUACCUCAGUGUGUUUAUCAUCCUGUUCAGCAUCUUUUCUUAUUCUUAGAAGAUGUGGAUGUGGCUGUGGCUUGCUAGCCAAGAAAAGCAGACUAUUCUAUUCAUGUUUUAGGGUAUGUAUCUUUCUUCUUUUAAGGGAUGGGGUGUGUAUGUGUAGUGUGUGUGUGUGUCUGAGCCAUCUUAUACCAAAAUAGUAAAGCUGAAGAUCAUACACCACCACCCAAAGAAACUUUUCUUUUCACACUUUGGUUUCUAAAAAAUAGAUGUAGCUUAGGAUUUUCAAUUAAAAGUAUUCUCAAAAGUUAAGUAUUUUUAGUUUGUUAUUGGUUAUAAAGUUCAGUGGAUGGAAGGAGAAAAUCAGCCUCAUUCUCAGAGGGUGUCAGACCUGCCCGGCCUGUGGACUUGAGUGUGGGCAGGCGGGCGGGCGGGCGUGUGCCGAGGUGGUCCAUAGAGAGCAUAAGAAAGCAACAGGCUACCCCCAAACUCUGCGGGAGGGCAGAGGUCAGUCCCUGACCUCUGCUUGAAUGUUGUUCUGUUAAUAAUGCUAGGUGUUUUUUUCUGAACUUUUCCUUUAAAAGCACAAUUUUUACCUGCUUUGGAAGUUCAGGGAAAUAGAAUGUUUGACAGUCAAAUGACUAGGAACAGCCCAUCCCUACAUCCUCUGCUCGGGUCACUUCUACGGAGUGGUCUGCUCCUGAGACAUGCAGUAGGACCUCAUGGUUAACAUGAAUUUUCUCCCCAAAGGCCUUUGAAUGUAAAAGAUUUGUAAACCAAAUUGCCCCAACCCAAAAUGUAGGCUGUAAUAUUUUUUGUUACACCUCUGUCUCGGUACCAAAGAAUGAAAAUUUAGCCAGGCUCCCGCUGCAGAACUGUGGGAUGGCAUCCGUCACUUUACAGGGUUGGUUUGUAGUAAGCUGGACUUGGGUACAGAGCCUUGUGCUUCUGGACAUUAUCUAUCUUUCACAUGGAAAGUAGGCAUAGCUAAUAUCCUGCUUGUGAGAACCUAUUUGGGUCCCUACAUUCUCCAAAGUACUGAGGAAGAACCACAUUCCGGAGUAGCACACCUCAGGAGCCCAAGGUGCUCUCAGACGGCGGGGGCUUGCUUCCAGGGAAACCUCUUGUUCAAACAGAAGGACUAACGUCAGUUUCUGUUCCUGUAUUUCAGAGAAACUCCCCUUGCAGUAGAGAUGUAGUUUUAAAUGAACCGAAUGAAGUGACACAUGGAGCAAUUUGUUUUUGUCAUCCCAAAAGAAAAGGAGUUGAUGGUGGUGUAGCAAGUCAGUCAAAUUGGUUUCCUCGUUCAGCUCUUUUGGACAUUUACCACUUCAAGGCACCCUGUGUCCUCCCCAUUGCUUUAGUUCCAGGGUUUCUGAAUGACCAAAAUGGGAAAAAACUCACUUCAUAAAGGAGAACCGCAUGCAGUAAAGGAUCCAGAAAUUGGAAAGUCGCACCAGACGGCUGCCUCCCAGCUGCUCUGUUUCAGGGCAAGGAGGCGUCAGGAAAUCUUGUUUUGUAAACCCGCCUUUUCUUUUAUUGAAGCCUUUAAUUUUGAAUCCUUCCCCAGUUCCUGUUCGGUUGCCUUUUAUUUGCCCCUGGGUUCUAAGUUCUUUGGUAAAGAGUUUGUGUAAUUAAACAUUUUUAUUUUUUAUUUUGGAAAUAACUUGGUGCUGGUCUUCCUCCCCUCCUCACCCCCCAACCACCCAACAAACCACCCUUUAAACACCAAAGACAACUGGUUUUAAAUGCUUACAAAAUUUUAUUGAAGAAAUGGAUCUUGAAAAUUCUUAGAAGUGUUCUCAGAAACCUGGGAUGAGUUACUUCAGGUAGUCACUACCUUUGAUUCUCCCAUCUUCACACUGAUCGGUCCUUCCCAAUGUCCCUGUAUGUGGGGGAAUUGUGGGACCUGAGUGAGAGAUUUUCUUGCUGAAUAGUGGUAACGUAAAACUGUAGUUAGCAUUUCUCUGUGGAUUUGGUUGUAAGGCCAGGGUUUCCACACUUGACUGAAAUGAUCAGGUCUUAAUUAAUAGACUGACCGGUUUGCAGGCUCAAAGCUAGUAGGUCCUCCCCUGAAAUGAGCGUGUAGGUGCGUGAUGCGGCCUCUGCCCUCUGUGGUGGUACAUCUCCCCACCUUUCUGCACCCAGAACUGUGCACCACUGCCAUUUGAGAAACAUGGUCACACUUGGGAAGCUUUUGUUUUUAAAACACUGGCCAUCUGUGGCUGCCCGUGAUUGACUCCUGACCCACAGGGAUUGGUGCGAAGCACUUUGGAGUGUGUUUAUUGUACGAUGUAGAAGGCUCCAAAUCAAAGAAAGAGGAGGAAAGCCAACAUUUGGAACUCCGGUGUGAGUGAGGCUGUUCAAAAUUGGGGAUUUUAACUGGGUAUCUCCUGCCUCUUAGGUGGUGCUAGGGUAGGUAAGAAUUGGGUGGACGAGGAGGGUCUUGAACACGGUGAAAAGAUAAGGUUGUGGGUACUGCGAGGGAGGAGUAUAAAUUGUUUCUGUUAAGUAAAUGUGGUAUUCAGACAAUAAUCCCUACGUGUGUCCAAUCUGGUCAGGUGGCAGGGUGGCGCGGGGUAGAAGGUCAGUUUGUGUUUGGAGAUGCCAAUUGGAUUUGGAUAUGUAAGUUUGGGUAUUGAGAUGGCUCAAGGAGAUCUAAAUAACCCGUAGGUGCAAACCACUUUUGGUUGACAGAGUUAACAUUUCCAAAGUGUUAAUCUUUUAAAAAAGAAAAAAUCAUUUCUCUGUAAAUUUGGUCCCAAGAAGCAAUGCUGUCUCAGAAACCUCUGCUCUACGGUGGCUGGUAGGUGGCACAUGAGUUGGCUGGAGCCCAGUGGCCCAGGCAGGACCCAAGUGUACUAAUCUUUGAUGGAUGGAUGCCCUUUUAAGUCUAACUUAUUUGGGGAAACACCUACAGGGGGUACCAUAAACAGAAUCUAAAUUGUGUGUUGGGGCCAAAAAAGUUGCCAGAUGUCAGGCACUUUGUGAUGGAGCUAUAAGAGAAUGGCUUGAGAUUGGCUCAGUCUGUUUUAUUCUAGUUAAGCCAAAGCUUAAUAAUUUGAGGAGGGAAGUCUUUUUAGGCUUGAAGCAGCAGAGUACUGUUGAUGUAUGUGUUGUCUUCCUCUUUGGAAGAUUCUACAAUUGCUGUGUUCUGGUAGAUAGGGAUAUGCCAAAGUUAUAGGCUUGUUUUUCUGUUUAAAAACAAAAAUCCAGUGGUGCCAAAAAAGUAUGUAGGGUAUUUAUUCAAAAUAUCACUCACUGAUUUUCCAACAGUCUGGGGCUGUAUAAAAGUCAAAGUCUUGAACUUACUCGCCUGUGAUGAUAUCCUAGAGCCAGGCCCUCCUGGGGCUCUCUCCCACUCUGGCUUCCUGCAGGCCAGGGGCUCAGGACACGCACCGCAGUUCCACACCACACCGUUUGCUUUCGUUUAGUUUCUACCUCACUUUUGGUGAAAGUCAUCUACCUCAUGUUAGCGUCUCAUGGGUCUCUGAAAAGCAUAGUAUUAAUCCACAGGAGAGUGGGUGGGAGUGGGAAGCUAGCUCUAGAAGAAAAUGUUUUUAUAAAUCCAGAACUGACUUCUCCCAGGGGAAACAUUUGAUUGACUUGGAAACCAAAUAUUCCUGUACUCAGGCAAAUGUCAUCCUAAAUCCCAAGUAUUACUUAACCAGUCUGCCCCCCACCCCCCGCAACUAGGAAUUAAUGCACACCACUACCUUGUUCAGUAUUAAUGAAACUACUGGUUCAUCUGACCUAUUUGAGGACUUACCUGCAAAUAAAGACCUUUAGGUCUCUUUUUCUCUUCAAGAGAAAAAUAUUUUAUCUAUAUUUUGAAUGUCUGCAAAUCUACCCUUUUAGGAGCAAUUCUAAGGGUCUAGUUGUUGGAAACAUCAAGUAUUUGAAGGGAAUAAGAAUCCUUUAGACUUUGGGAUUGUAAUUGUAUCUUUUCUGGACCCAGCAGGAUGUUAGUCACCAUGACAUUGCAACAAGCACUGCUUCACUGAGCAGGGACUGGUGAGGUGCAGUGCUCUUUUGUGUUGUGUUUAAUUUUUUUUCUACCAAAGGUAACAUGUUGACGGGUUGUUCUUUCCUUUGUUGUUGUUGUUGUUGUUUUUAAUUAAAUACUUGAUGAAGCUGAAGCACAUUACCAUGGUAUACUGUAUUGCCUCUCCACCUCUCUUGCUCCCCUAGAUAUUUUUUGUUCUGGUUGGAAGAGAGGGUCCUGAGACCACUGUAAUGAUUGCGGAUUGGGUGAAAAAUGUCAUGGUGAAGCAGUACCUCAGUGAUGUCUAUUUUUAAAACUGAUCUUACGGGUUAACAAGCCAGCCUGGUGGGAUGUUUUCCAUCCAUCAUUUAACCAGUAAUGGUUCUAAAAGUUUUGUGUAUCCACACGGUCUUAGACCUCCUUUUAAUGAUUGUAUUAACUUACAAGCUCAGGUAGUAUUUUUCUUAAGGCUCUAAUCUCAGAGCACACUGACUGAAUGUUAACGUGUGUAGCAAAGUGUUUACUUUCUUUAAAUAACCAGCUCUGGAAUAGUUCUUUAUGUUUCUAGCAGUCUGUGUAGUUUUUCUUCAGAGGAAGAUUUUUCACGUUUCUGGGGUGUUCUUGUUUUUGGGGUGGUAUGGUUUCUUUCCUUUUUUCCCCCCAUUCUUUUCCCCUAAACUCAAUG